AUGGUGCUCGUAUGUGUUGUUAAAAAUUGCAGAAAUGCCAAAAGUACAACAAAGGAAAAAAAUUGCAAACUUUUUAGAAUACCCAAAGAUUUGGAUCGGUCUAAAAAAUGGUUAAUUAAUUGUGGAAGGGAAGAACUUUGUUCAAAGUCUGUUGAAAGCCUUUAUAACAAUUAUAGAGUGUGUAUGAACCAUUUUAAAGAAAAUAUGUUUUCAAACCCAGAGAAAACUCGAUUGUUGAUUAGUGCUGUGCCUACUGAGUUUGUAAUGCAUACAACCAUUACAACAACAUCUAUAUCUGUUCAUGUUUCUACAAUGGUUGACAAACAAAUAAAUUUGAGUUCACCAUCUACCUGUAAGUUCAUAUUUGUAUUUUAUUUUAUUUACUAA